AGGCUGUUACUCCGGUUUCACAGCGCGUAUUUUAUUUUAUUGGCGUGCAUGUAAACAGUAGAUUGAACCAAAAGUAAAGUCAUUCACACGCUCGAGUGUGGGAGGAUCUACAAGCCACGCCCGCUGCGAUGACAUCUUCACAUAAGGGGAGGAGCCAACUAUCAGACUCGCUCACGGCUAUGAGCUUUGUGUUUGCGGACGCUCGAGUGGGCGUGACCACAGCGGAGUCCUUCUUCAACAUCUCCAUAGGUCAGCUGUGCGGACACUACAGCACUGCACGAUGAGUAACAGUGCAUUGCUCUGAAAGCUGACCGCUCCAUCAUCUCCAUCAUCUUCAUCAUCUCCAUCAGUAUGGCGUGCUUCUCCUCCUCUUCGAGGCUCAUGUACAGCCUCUGCAAUCCGCUGUUCCAUCACAGGUACAUCAGUACUGUGGUAAACAAGAGUACUCCAUCCUACAGUUAUGUGAUAGUCGGGGCCGGUUCUGCGGGCUGCGUUCUGGCCAGCCGGCUGUCGGAGAACCCGUCUGAUUCGGUGCUACUUCUGGAAGCGGGACCCAAAGACAAGCACCUGGGCAGCACACGUCUGUCCUGGAAGAUCCACAUGCCGGCCGCACUCACAUACAACCUCUGCGACGACAGGUACAACUGGUUCUACCACACGUUACCUCAGGCCCACAUGGAUGACCGUGUGAUGUACUGGCCCCGCGGGCGCGUCUGGGGCGGCUCAUCCUCGCUGAACGCCAUGGUGUACAUCCGGGGACACGCGGAGGACUACAACCGUUGGCAGCGCGAGGGUGCGGAUGGCUGGAGCUACGAUCACUGCCUGCCAUACUUCCGUAAAGCACAGACACACGAGCUCGGGCCGGACCGGUACCGCGGAGGAGACGGACCGCUGCACGUGAGUCGAGGGAAAACACAAAACCCUCUGCACCGUGCAUUCAUCCAGGCGGGACAGCAGGCUGGAUACCCCUACACUGAGGACAUGAACGGGUUCCAGCAGGAAGGGGUUGGCUGGAUGGACAUGACCAUUCAUAAAGGUCAGCGGUGGAGCACAGCAAGUGCAUACCUGCGGCCGGCGCUGUCCAGACCCAACCUGAGCACAGAGGUGCGCUGUAUGGUGACCCGCGUGCUGUUCGACGGAGCCCACGCUCGAGGAGUCAAGUACCUGCAGAACGGACAGAUCAAAAAGGUGUUUGCAGAGAAGGAGGUGAUUCUGAGCGGCGGCGCCAUCAACUCUCCACAGCUCCUCCUGCUGUCUGGAGUGGGAAACGCAGAUGAGCUGAAAACACUGGAUAUUCCAGUAGUCCAGCAUCUGCCCGGUGUGGGCUGUAAUCUGCAGGAUCAUCUAGAGCUGUAUGUUCAGCAUGCCUGUACUCAGCCCAUCACUCUCUACAGAGCCCAGAAACCCUUCCAGAUGCUCAAGAUCGGCCUCGAGUGGCUGCUCAAGUUCACAGGUUAUGGAGCGACAGCUCAUCUGGAGAGCGGAGGCUUCAUCCGCAGCCGACCUGAUGUUCCUCAUCCCGAUAUUCAGUUCCACUUCCUGCCCUCGCAGGUCAUCGAUCACGGACGCGUCAGCUCCAAGAUCGAAGCCUUCCAGGUUCAUGUCGGACCCAUGAGGAGCACCAGUGUCGGCUGGCUCAAACUCAAGAGUAAAGACCCCAGAGAUCACCCCAUCCUGCAGCCAAACUACCUGUCCACAGAGACGGACGUGUUGGAGUUCAGAGAGUGUGUGAAGCUCACGCGGGAGAUCUUCGCUCAGAAAGGGUUUGAUGAGUUCCGUGGCCCCGAGGUUCAGCCGGGCCCGGCAGUGCAGUCGGACGCGGAGAUCGACGCUUUUGUGCGGCAGAAGGCGGACAGCGCCUACCACCCAUCCUGCACCUGUAAGAUGGGCCGGGCCGAGGACCGGCUGGCGGUGGUCAGUCCUGAGCUGCGGGUGUUCGGGCUGGAGGGGCUGCGGGUGGUGGACGCCUCCGUCAUGCCCAGUAUGGUCAGCGGGAACCUGAACGCUCCCACUAUCAUGAUCGCAGAGAAAGCGGCGGACACCAUUAAAGGCCUUCCCUCACUGCACGACCCUGGAGUUCCUGUUUACCAGCCCAAAAGACAUGCUUAACCUGAUCCAUCAUGGUAAAACCAUCUCAUAACUACUAGUGUUGUCAAAAUUAUCAAGUUGGGUACCAAUCGGUCCCUUUCCCGCGAGCUUUUUCUUAAACACUGCUGAUUGGAUUUUGUGUUCAUGUGUUCAACAGAAAUGACUGUGAUUGGCCGUGAAGGUCAUCGCUCACCACUCUUCACCAAACACAGAUACACACACACGCAGACUGGAUCGUUUUAAAGUCACGUAGAUCAGUAUAUCCAUCAGCGGAUUGCUCGUGACCAAUCAGCAGUCCAGCCUCUGAGUUCUUAUGAUUGGUCCACAGCUUUGGAACUGACAUUAACGAGCAGCUCUGUGUGUAAAGGUUGAUUUUUACUUUGAUACAACAGCUUACAAAUGCAGCGCUAAUAAUUUAUAAGUACAUAUGUGAGUGUACUUCAUGUAGUACCAUUACAAAAACAAGUAUACUUAAGUAAUGUUGAAGUAUAUAAGUAUACUUCAUGUAGUACCCUUACAAAAACAAGUUCAUUUUAUGAAGUAUACUUAAGUAAUGUUGACGUAGAUACGUAUACUUCAUGUAGUACCCUUACAAAAACAAGGUCAUUUGAUGAAGUAUACUUAAAUAAUUUAGAAGUACAUAUGUAAGUAUACUUCAUGUAGUACCAUUACAAAAACAAGUAUACUUAAGGUCAUUUUAUGGUGUAUUUUUAAGUAUACUUCAUGUUGAACCUUUACAAAAAACAAGCAUAUUUUAAGUUCAUUUGAUAAAGUAUACUUAAGUAAUGUUGAAGUAAAUAGGUGUACUUUAUGUAGUACCCUUACAAAAACAAGUAUUCUUAAGGUCAUCUUAUGAAGUAUACUUAAGUAAUGUUGAAGCAUAUAGGUAAACUUAAUGUAGUACCCUUACAAAAACAAGGUCAUUUUAUGAAGUAUACUUAAAUAAUUUAGAAGUACAUAUAUAAGUAUACUUCAUGUAGUACCAUUACAAAAACAAGUAGGUCCUUUUAUAAAGUAUACUUAAAUAGUUUAGAAGUAAAUAUAUAAGUAUACUUCAUGUAGUACCAUUAGAAAGUUGUGUCAAGGUAAAAGUUGAUUUUUACUUGGACUCAACAGCUUAAAAACGUAGCUCUCAUAUCCGAGGUUAAGCAAAAGAUGCAGGAUACGAGCUUAAAGGCGUAUUCACACGUAGCGCACUAACUAUAAAUAUAACAAUUAAUUAAUGAAUUCAGAUGAACCGCCACUGACGAAAUCUGUUAAUAUUUUGUUUCAGCUUUUCUUUCUGCAUUACGCCAGUUUAACCAGCAGGUGUCCUCAGUGAUUCUAACACGUCUGACCAGUGAAUCCAGCUCGUGUAAUCCAGCUCAUCCAUUUAUUUUCCUACAUUUUCAGAGGAACAAAAAGACACCGAAACUAGCACGGGAUACCUGCGGUACGUUUAUUUUUAUACUACAGUUUGUUGAGCCUUAUUUACCAAUAACAUAUUUCAAUAGAUUCAGACUGGCUGUCUGUUUUUUAUUGAUUAUUAUCUGGAAUGCAAUAUCACAACAAUGUAGUUUAGCAUUAUAGAACUCUGCUGUUGUGUCCAUGUAACAAUGUAUUUAUUGUGCUUAGUGUGAACAGGCCUUAAUGCUCACAAAUAUCCGUCAAGUGCACGUUUAUGUAUGAAAACAAUGGAAAUGAGCGUAUCUGAAUGACAAAAUGAAUGGUGUUCAGUGUGAACGAGCCCUUAGAAUUAUGGGAAAUUGAUUUUGUCAGUUCAAAUGAAUCAUAUUAUCAAAUCUCAAGUUCAGAUUACUUUAAAGCAUUCAUUUAUAUGAAUUAAUCAAGCGAAUACAUGCACAAUAAUAACACUCAUAUUAUUGUUAUUAUUGUUAUUAUUACUGUUUUUUCAUAAUUUACGAUCAUCUUUUGUAUUGGUAUGAUGUUUUUGAGUCUGAUUAGUUGCUGUACUGCAUUACAAUGUAAAUAUUAAGGCUUUAGUUCAUUUGUUCACAUUAGUUCAUUCAUUUUCUUGCUGGCUUAGUCCCUUUCAGGGGUCACCACAGCGGAAUGAACCGCCAACUUAUCUAGCAUUUGUUUUUACGCAGCGGAUCUGCAACCCAUCUCUGGAAAACAUCCACACACACAUUCCCCCUCAUACACUACAGACAAUUUAGCCUACUCAAUUCACCUGUACCACAUGUUUUGGACUGUGGGGGAAACCGGAGCACCCGAAGGAAACCCACGCAAACGCAGGGAGAACAUGCAAACUCCACACAGAAACGCCAAAUGACCCAGCCGGGACUCGAACCAGUGACCUUCUUGCUGUGAGGCGACAGCACUACCUACUGCGCCACUGCGUCGCUACAAUAGUUCAUUUAAAUAACAAUUUUAAGCAAAAUCUGUUCAUUUUUGAGCAGGGUUUUAAUAAAAUUUACCAAAAUAAUAAUAAACGCAGUAAUAUUUAGCUAAUUGUACGUUUUAAAACUGAUUUCUACAUAUAUUAAUAUUUUAAAGCAAAAUCUAUGUUCACUUUAAGCAGUGUGAACAAAAAAAACAAGUGUAUUUCAAUUACGUUAACAUAAAUAAUAAAUAUAUUAACAAUUGAGAGUUAUUACAUUGUGUUUACAGACAAAUUAGAACCUGUACAAUAAUUAUAUGAUGAAAUAUGAUCAUUUCUUGCACAUUAUAUACAGUAUAUUGCAGUACAGUACAAUACAAAAAGCCUCGACUGUCUUAUUUACCUUCAUAUUUCAGUCGAUUUUUCAUUGAAAUAUGACCAGACGCCAUUACUUUUACUCACAAGUGUCUUAAUCUAACAGUGUAAAAAUACACUUAUUAAUGGAGUCAUUUGUAGCCUGUUUUUGUCCAGAAUGCAUUUCUACAUGAUCAGAAUGACAGCAUUAAACGUGUGAAUAAUCUUAAAUGAAACAUUUCAGCUGCUGAUUGUAUAACAAUAUGAACUAUUGUUACAUUUACCUAUGCAAAUAAUGCUAAUGUUUACAAAGUGUAGGAGAGAAGAGCUUUUACACGUCUGCGUUACAUGUUGUGAAGUUCUGGACGCUUUUCACAGUGUGCAAUGUGUUGUUUUAAUGCUAUAUUAAUUGAUAUCAUCACAGAAUAUAACAAAACAAUGGUCCAGCCAUUGAAAAUGCAUGUGAAAGGAGAUUGUUUUUUAAAAUAAUGACUGAAAUGUGACAGAAUAAA